AUGGCUGAUUACACUCCCGAUGAGCAUGGUCCAAGCACCCAAUCCUUUGAUGAUACCGAUGCUGAUCUGAAACUCAGCAAUCCUACAUACACGGAACCCGAAGACGACGAUUCAUAUCUGCGUCUUCCUACUUCACCAUCUUAUGGAGGCCCAGAAUUUUACACCAUGGCUGAUUACAUUCCCAAUGAGCCUGGUCUGAACACCCACCUCUUGGACGAUGAGGAUCGGGGCAUUCCUAUGUACGACAUUGCGGACAACUUUGAUUCGUUAUAUAAUGAUGGUAACACUUUCUCCAAGGAAGAUCUUGAACGGCAAACUAAUAAAUUUGUGGCCGCCGCACUCGACCACUACAACAGCCAAGAAAAAAACAUGAUCAAGUAUGAGCUCAUCAAAGCCAUCACUAGCACUGGAAUCAUGGAUGGAUGGCGCUUUUAUGGUCAUGUAAACUUCACAGCCAAAAGCUCUUUGGAGAAUUCAAAGGAAGAGUUCUUCUUUGCAGAGCUACGUUAUGUUUGUGAUGAUGAUAUAUAUAUACCCACAUGCAUAGUUUCAUUGGAAGAAAAAGAAAGAAUUGGUGGGGUUCGGGGCAUCAAAGGUAAUGAUGGAUACCAUGGCAAGGAAAUUCGUGUUGACACCCAACAUUGCUAUGCAUGUCGAGAAGAACUGAUGCACCCAGAGGAUGGAACAUUAUAUGAGACCGGUCAUCACGUGGAUGAUUGUUAUGGCUAUUGUUGCAGCUGAUAAGUGAUUUGUAUGGGAAUUAGUAAGAUUGUUAUGAGUAUUGUUGCAAUGAGGGAUUUCCACUUAUUCCGUAUCUCUAGUUGUGUUGUCAUCAUUUACUUGUAUGUUACAUUGAAUUGAUAUAUACUAAUCUAGUAAUCUUUA